GAUCACCCCUUACAAUGUCGGAUGAAUCAGUGCGUUCUUGUAUUUUGGGUCUUUUACGUCUAACAAAACCGCAUAGCGCUCAGCUGAGACGCAGGUGUAACGACCUAUGGUGUUACGAGUUGCUGCGUUUAUCGGGUGCUCGACUCGUGAACAGACUUAAAUACGUGAUCUGGUGGGCCCCUUUACGUGCUCUAGUGGUGGCCUAUAACAGAGGCAUAUUAAGUGGUCAACGAGUGCUGGAUGCUGUGUAUGACGAGUUACAGCGCCGCGGUGUUUUAGAAGCCCCCCGCGUAAGAGGCCUUGUCGGUGAAAUCAGAUGCUAUCGGCAGUUUUACGAUGCGGGGAGUGACGAAGAAGAGGCUCUCGCUGAGGCGACGAGAGCUGUGGAGGAAACGGAUCUAGAGCGUCAAACAGCCCUCUACCAACCGCUGCAUGAGGAGGGGGUAGGGGAAGAACCUAGAGCGAGCACCUCGGCAGCCCCUGCCGAGACGAUACCGCAGCAUUUUACCAUAUAUCGGCCGUUUUACGACGCUGUGAGUGACGAAGAAGAAGAGGCUCUCGCUGAGACGACGAGAGCUGCGGUGGAAGCGGAUCUAGAGCAUCAAACCGCCCUCUACCAACCGCAGCAUGAGGAGAGGGCCGAGGAAGAGCCUAGAGCGAGCACCUCGGCAACCUCGGCCGAGCCGGUACCGCUGCAGCCCGAAUUUGAUGACGACGAGGCGUCGACUAUUCUCAACCCCUCCUUGAUGUUUAGCGAUCGGUCUGAUAUACUGGCUGUGUACCGGCACACCAGAGCUAACGAUGACGACGGAGCGAUAGCGGGUCCAUCGCAUCACCACCAUCGUCAGCAGGAAGAUGAUGACCUCGUACAACCCGAGAAUCAGCUGGGGGUGUACCCGCUGGACGUUCAACAGGCGGAGGAGGAGGAGGAGGAGGAGGGGGAGGAGGAGGAGCGUCUAAACGAGGAGCGAUUAGAAGCUAGACGCUUCGGCCUAUGGUUUCAAGAGCUGAUGGAGUGUGAUUCAGGGUACUCGUCAGCUGACUCGUCAGCUGUCUCGUUAUUGGCGUACCGCGAUUAG